GUACAUUUAUUUAUCUAUUGUUUAGAUUGACCACCUGUCCUAGGGAAAUUGCGGGAAUAUGACCAAAAUCCUGUUAGCUCACAGUGCUGUCAAAUUCCUGAUGAACUACGGUGUAGUUGGGAACAAAGUUGGGAACAAGUUGGCAUGGUUGAGACGUCAGACUGCUAAACUUUUUAGUGUCAAGGCCCAGAUAGCACACUUGAUCUUGGAAGAUGGCACCAAAAUGAAGGGCUUGUCUUUUGGUGAUGAGAUCUCAGUAGCUGGAGAACUGGUGUUCAAUACCGGCCUUGUAGGCUAUCCCGAGGCCUUGACUGACCCCAGCUAUAGGGGUCAGAUCCUGACAUUGACCUACCCUAUUGUAGGGAACUACGGGGUACCCAACACACAAGAGCUAGAUGAACUUGGUCUGAGAAAACAUGUGGAGUCUGAGCGCAUCCAGAUAUCUGGUCUUCUGGUUCAAAACUACAGUCAGGAGUACAGCCACUGGAACUCUGUUAAGUCUCUGGGUCAGUGGCUUCAAGAAGAGAAGGUCCCUGCACUCUUUGGGAUCGACACCAGAAUGUUGACCAAGAUCAUCAGAGACAAGGGCACGGUUCUGGGAAAGAUUGAAUUUGAUGGGCAACCUGUUGAGAUAUCAGAUCCCCACCAAAAAAACCUGGUGGCAGAGGUCUCAACAAAAGGAACUCAAGUUUUUGGGAAAGGAAACCCUGUCAAAGUGGUGGCAGUUGACUGUGGUAUCAAACAUAACAUAAUUCGCCUGUUGGUGAAGCAAGGUGCAGAAGUUCACUUGGUACCCUGGGACCAAGACUUGCUGAGUUUAAAUUAUGAUGGCCUGUUCAUCUCCAAUGGACCUGGGGAUCCGUCUCUGGCUGAGGCACUCAUCUGCAAUGUCCGUAAGGUGUUGGAGAGUGAUCGCCCUGAGCCAGUGUUUGGAAUCUGUAUGGGCAAUCAGAUCACUGCUCUGGCUGCUGGAGCAAAGUCCUACAAACUACCAAUGGGCAACAGAGGCCAGAAUCAACCGGUACUGAAUGUGAUGACAGGCCAGGCCUUCAUUACGGCACAGAACCAUGGCUACGGCAUAGAUAGUGAGUCCCUGCCCCCAGGGUGGAGCCCGCUUUUCAUCAAUGCCAAUGAUGGCACAAAUGAGGGCAUCAUGCACAACACUAAACCUGUUUUCACGGCUCAGUUCCACCCAGAGGCUAAAGGCGGCCCCACUGACACAGAGUUCCUUUUCGACACCUUCAUGGCCUUGAUGAAAAAAGGAAAGGAUGCCAACAUAAUGUCAGUCAUGCCGAAGAAACCGUACAUCCCUCCCAGAGUGCAGGUCUCAAAGGUGUUGGUACUGGGAUCUGGUGGGCUGUCUAUCGGUCAGGCUGGAGAGUUUGACUACUCUGGAUCUCAGGCCAUCAAGGCUAUGAAAGAGGAGAAUCUGAAGACAGUGCUCAUGAAUCCAAACAUAGCUUCAGUCCAGACCAAUGAAGUAGGCACCAAGCAGGCCGACUCGGUCUACUUCUUGCCUGUCACAUCACAAUUUGUUACCGAUGUGAUUAAGGCCGAGCGCCCUGAUGGCAUCCUGCUUUCCAUGGGUGGACAGACCGCCCUCAACUGCGGAGUAGAAUUGUUUCAGCAGGGUGUUCUGGAGCAGUAUGGGGUGAAAGUCUUGGGAACACCGAUAGAGUCCAUCAUGGCCACAGAGGACAGGCAAAUUUUUGCUGAAAAACUAACGGAGAUCAACGAAAAGAUUGCACCCAGUAUUGCAGUGGAGUCUGUGUGUGAUGCCUUGAAAGCUGCACAGCAGAUUGGUUAUCCAGUGAUGCUACGAUCUGCCUAUGCCCUGGGAGGGCUGGGCUCUGGUCUGUGUGCCAACAAGGACAAACUGGAGGAAACUGCCAAUAAGGCUCUUGCCAUGAGUAGUCAGAUCUUGGUGGAGAAGUCCUUACUCGGUUGGAAGGAAGUGGAAUAUGAGGUGGUGAGAGACGUGGCAGAUAAUUGUGUCACCGUCUGCAAUAUGGAGAACUUUGACCCACUCGGCAUACAUACAGGUGAUUCUAUUGUAGUGGCACCGAGCCAGACAUUGUCCAACGAGGAGUACCACAUGCUUCGUGAAACAGCGAUCAAAGUGGUUCGUCAUCUUGGUAUUGUAGGCGAAUGUAACAUUCAGUAUGCACUCCACCCAUCAUCCCUGGAGUACUGCAUCAUUGAGGUCAAUGCUCGCCUCUCAAGAAGCUCAGCCCUUGCAUCCAAAGCCACUGGAUACCCAUUGGCAUUUGUGGCUGCUAAGCUAGCUUUGGGGAUCCCCUUGCCUGACAUCAACAAUUCUGUAUCUGAAAAGACCACUGCCUGCUUUGAGCCUAGUUUAGACUACAUCGUCACUAAGAUCCCUCGCUGGGACCUGGACCGUUUUCAGGGCAUGUCUAGUGAAAUAGGUAGUGCCAUGAAGAGCGUUGGAGAGGUGAUGGCAGUGGGACGUACUUUUGAGGAGAGCAUGCAGAAGGCCCUGAGGAUGUGCCAUCCGUCAGUGGAUGGCUUUGUGCCCCAACUGCCUCUUCAAAAAGCCUGGGCAAACACCCACAGCCUGCAACAGGAGCUGGCUGUGCCAUCCAGCACCCGAAUUUUCUCCAUUGCCAAGGCCCUCCACAGUGGUAUGAGCGUAGAUGAGAUCCACCAGCUGACAGCUAUCGACAAGUGGUUCCUGUACAAACUCCAAAAGAUUACGCUGCUGGAGCAGCACCUUGCAAACUACAAGAGCUUUUCAGUGCCUAAAGGCCUGCUGCUGAAGGCCAAGCAGGAUGGCUUCUCGGAUCGACAGCUUGGUCAGAUUUUGGGUACCAAUGAGGAAGAAGCUCGACAGAUGAGGCUCAGUCAUGGUAUCAAACCCUGGGUUAAACAGAUCGAUACACUGGCAGCAGAGUAUCCUGCCAUAACCAACUACCUUUACUGCACAUAUCAUGGUCUGGAGCAUGACUUGGACUUUAACGACCAGGGAAUUAUGGUUCUUGGUUGUGGGCCCUAUCACAUUGGUAGCAGUGUUGAGUUUGACUGGUGUGCAGUGUCAAGCAUCAGAGCCUUGAGACAGAUCGGCAAGAAGACCGUGGUUGUAAACCAUAACCCUGAGACAGUGAGCACUGAUUUCGAUGAGUGUGACCGUCUGUACUUUGAAGAGCUGACCCUGGAGCGCAUACUAGACAUCACUCAACAGGAGAGUUGCACUGGCACCAUUGUAUCCGUUGGGGGACAGAUCCCGAACAAUCUUGCGGCCCCCUUGCUCCGUAAUGGGGUGACAAUUCUGGGCACAAGUCCUCUGCAGAUUGACCGUGCUGAGGAGCGCUCUGUCUUCUCCAGGAUCUUGGAUGACCUUGGUGUGGCCCAAGCCCCAUGGAAGGCCCUCAACUCCCUGGAAGAUGCCUUCGUUUUUGCUAACCAGCUGGGCUACCCCUGUCUACUCCGCCCAUCCUAUGUUCUCAGUGGCUCUGCAAUGAAUGUCGCACAUGGAGAAGAAGAGAUGAAGCGUUUUUUGAAGGAAGCCACCCAAGUAUCCCAGGCGCAUCCUGUCGUUAUUACCAAAUUCAUUCGUGGCGCCCGGGAGGUGGAAGUGGAUGCUGUUGCCAAAAGUGGAAAGGUGCUGGUCCAUGCAAUAACAGAGCAUGUAGAGGAUGCUGGUGUACAUUCAGGAGAUGCUACCCUAAUGCUGCCAACACAAACCAUUAGCCAAGGGUCCUUAGAAAAGGUCAAGAUGGCCACCCAGAAAAUAGCUAAAGCAUUUGAGAUAUCAGGGCCGUUUAACACUCAGUUUUUGGUAAAAGGCAAUGAUGUCAUGGUGAUAGAGUGUAACCUGCGGGCAUCACGCUCCUUUCCUUUUGUAUCAAAAACACUUGGGGUGGACUUUAUCAAUGUGGCAACCAAAGUGAUGGUUGGAGAGCCUGUGGAUGAGGCCACCCUACCCUCGCUAGAGAAACCCAUCAUUCCUGUAGACUACGUGGGCAUCAAGGCACCUAUGUUCUCUUGGCCCCGCCUGAGGGAUGCAGAUCCUGUACUUCGCUGUGAGAUGGCUUCUACUGGAGAAGUGGCCUGUUUUGGACCAAACAUUUAUUCAGCCUUCCUGAAGGCGAUGCUUUCUACAGGCUUUAAGCUUCCACAGAAGGGAAUACUAAUCGGGAUUCAGCAUUCAUUUCAACCCCAUUUCCUGGCUACUGCUCAUAAGCUGAAAGAGGAGGGCUUCAAGCUCUAUGCUACUGAAGCCACUUCAGCUUGGCUAUCUGCAAAUGAAGUACCGGCCACUCCAGUAGCCUGGCCCACUGACAAGGGAGGACAAACCAGUUUGCCCAGUAUCAAGAGUUUGAUCAGUGGUGGUCAUAUUGACCUGGUAGUGAACUUGCCCACCAACAAUACCCUUCACUGGAAGGAUAACUUCCUCAUUCGCAGGAUGGCUGUUGACCAUGGCGUACCCCUCAUCACUAAUUACCAGGUGGUGAAACUGUUUGCUGAAGCAAUUUGUUAUGCGGGUGAGCUGGACUCCACCAGUCUCUUCCACUACCGGCAGAGAGAAAGCCAACACAGAGGAUCUGGACAGCAAGGCUAGAGGUUCCUUUUCCUGUCCUCAAGUACUGUGCUUCUCUUUUGUACAAAUUGUAUCUGUAUUACGAUCCCUAUGUGUCAAGAAGACAGAGUUGCAGUCUGUCAGGAGAUACCAAAUUGAUAACUUCUUUCUGCAUGAAGAAAUGUUUCAAAGGGACACAUUGUUUCGCCCUACAUUGUAAUUAAUACUCAUCUUCCAAACACGGCCCUUGCUAACAUGUCCUCCUAAAAAUUGCACAAAAUAGUACUUUUGUAUAGGACACUGCAAUUGUAAAUAUAUAGUGAAGCCUUGUUAAUCCUUUAAAGUUGUACUCACACUAGAUCAGUCGUUCUGUGCCUGGGUCCACUUAACACCUAAAGUAUGGUAGGUUUUGCUCAUGUGAGAGCCCAGGUGUGCCACACUUCCCCUUCUUGGGCACGACUGGAAGAGGUGGUCUAGGUCCCCAACGAUUCCAUGCUGAGUCAUAGAAUGGCUGCUCCAUGCAGAUUACCUAAUGAUGAGCCACAUAUUUCAUAACAGACUAAAUAAAUAACAAAAGACUCUCAAUGAUCCAAAAGUCAAACCCACAGCAGCAACAACAUUCAAGUCAAAGCACAAGCAACCUUUCCAUCUCACUAAUAAGACCACCACACUGCUUAGUUAUUACUGUCGUUUCCAUAAGAUCAGCAAACUGCCAGUUAUGUGUACUGUAGUGUUAAAACAUUGAGAGAUUUCCAACUGUCUGUAACAUGACAUGAGUUCUCAUUGUGCGCGUGGCUGCGUGCAGAGAGGACUGUUGAGUUUGCUGAUGUUGUUUUGGCGUGGUUGCGGCCGACAGUAACUCCUUUGAUUUUGCAAUAAAGAGCUUGUCGAUGGACCACCUCCUCAUCCAAGGGCUCACCAGCUCAUCCAAGCAUGCCUUUAUGGACCUUGCUUUGUGCACUGGGGAAUAGUCAUGAUGGAACAGUAUAGGGCCUUCUAAAAACUGUUCCCACAAAAGCAGAAAGGUCUUGGUAGAAUUACGACACAUGGGGGACAAAGAGUGGCCACACGGUGGCCUAGUGGUUAGCAUGUUGGCCACACAGUCAGGAGAUCUGGAAGAUCUGGGUUUGAAUCUCUGUUGGCCAUCUCUGUGUGGAGUUUGCAUGUUCUCCCCGUGCGUGCGUGGGUGUUCUCCGCAUACACCGGUUUCCUCCCACAUUCCAAAAACAUAUAGUACAUCAUAGGUUAAUUGGCGACUCUAAAUUGUCCAUAGGUAUGAAUGUGAGUGUGAAUGGUCGUUUGUCUAUAUGCGCCCUGCAAUUGACUGGCGACCCCGGGUGUACCCCGCCUCUUCACCCAGAGUCAGCUGGAAUAGGCUCCAGCAUACCCUCGCGACCCUAGUGAGAAUAAGCGGCAUAGAAAAUUGAUGGAGGCUAAUCACAUGCUUUUUGGAUAGAUGGAUAAAGAAUGGGGGAAGAAGAGAUUUACUCAUACUCCUGAUUAAAAUUCCUGAUUAAGACGUGUGUCUGCAUACUUCUGUUUAUAUAAAGCACCAUUUUCUGUCACAAAGCAAACAGAGACAUUCUACAAGCAUAUAAAUGGUUCAGUGCACUGCUUCUCAAUUACUUUCUGUCAUGCUUGUUUUCGCUCCUUCCGAUUUGAAAUACUAUUGAGAAACUGAUAAUAUCUAUUUAUUUAUCUGUACUGCACAGAAUGAACUCGAAACUGAAACCACCACUGAAAUGCCAACCAAAUUGAAAUGCAACAAAAUGGAGCGCGGUGAAGCAUA